UAGCUUUCCCGCUCGCCCCCUUUCCGUCAGCAAUAUAGGUUGCCCCCGGACAGCCAGCCAAUCAGGAGCGCGGUAGCAUCUUGCCCUCGCUCUAAGGCAGCUAGCGGUCGGAGUUUGAGGAAGUUAGCGGUGCUGCCUAUUUCUGGCAGCCGGCGGUGGUUUAAAGAAGGUGGCGGGAAGCCAGUGUUUGGUCGAAUUCGUCACUCUCAUGGUCGCUUGGAUUUUUCACAUUCAAAAUAAACAAAACAAAAUAAGCCAAGAUGUCUGUUGAUCCGAUGACCUAUGAGGCCCAGUUCUUUGGCUUCACACCGCAAACUUGCAUGCUUAGGAUCUACAUUGCAUUUCAAGACUACCUAUUUGAAGUGAUGCAGGCUGUUGAACAGGUUAUUCUGAAGAAGCUGGAUGGCAUCCCAGACUGUGCGAUUAGCCCGGUCCAGAUUCGUAAGUGCACGGAAAAGUUUCUUUGCUUCAUGAAAGGACGUUUUGAUAACCUUUUUGGCAAAAUGGAGCAGCUGUUUUUACAGUUGAUCUUGCGUAUUCCCCCAAACGUCUUGCUUCCGGAAGAUAAACCUCAGGAGACGCAUCCUUAUAGUGAGGAAGAAUUCCAGCUUCUCCAAAAAGAAAUUGAACAGUUACAGGAGAAGUAUAAGACUGAAUUAUGCACUAAGCAGGCCCUUCUUGCAGAAUUAGAAGAGCAAAAAAUUGUUCAGGCCAAACUCAAACAGACAUUGUCUUUGUUUGAUGAGCUUGAAAAUGUUGGCAGAGACCACGGGACUAGUGAUUUUAGGGAGAGCUUGCUGUUCCUGGUUCAGAACUCCAGAAAACUACACAAUAUUAGAGACAAUGUGGAAAAGGAAGGCAAAAGACUGAAAAUAUCUUAAUGUCUAAAUAAUAAAAGGAGUUUGUCAGAAGGUGGAAUGAUAAGGGGUUUAUAUCAAUGACCAUUCUGAUCCUAGUGAACUGUGUACUUUGGGGGCGUCUUCUUUGUUCACUCUUUCCUGUAUUCCACGGCCUCCUCUUUUUUGGUCCACUCUCCUGAAGCAUCUAUGCACUACCUUGAACUAAUCUUUGAAGCAUCUGUGCUUAGCAGCCUCUAAUGGGUGGCAAGGGAUUCUUGGUUCAAUAACGACUCAUUUGGGGGCAUGACUGAAGAAGUAAAGCUUUCCCUGGCCAUUUAAAGAUAUUUGUAAAAGUUGUACCUGGGUCAUCAGUCCUCUGUAACCUUGAUCCUUUUGCCUUACUCUUUGGAUGAGACCAAAUGAGAAAAAGGUUAAGUGGACAUCUUUUUUUUUUUUAUUAUUGUUUUUUUUUUGUGUGGUACGUGGGCCUCUCACAGCUGUGGCCUCUCCCGUUGCGGAGCACAGGCUCCGGACGCACAGGCUCAGCAGCCAUGGCUCACGGGCCCAGCCGCUCCGCGGCACGUGGGAUCUUCCCGGACCGGGGCACGAACCUGUGUCCCCUGCAUCGGCAGGCGGACUCUCAACCACUGCGCCACCAGGGAAGCCCGGACAUCUUCUUUAUUAACCAGCCACUGCACUGUGGGACAGCCAACACAGACUGCUUGUUCUUGCCCAGUAACUUUUCUCACACGGGGACUUUAAUAACUCGUUGAAGGAAGCAAGUAGCAGAAAAAACAGCUAUGACCUUUAGAAAGAAGAAAGAAGUUAUUUUGUUUCUAAAAUAAAUCCUUUCCAUGACCAAGGCCUUGGUGAGGUUAAAGAGUUUACUGUCUUGGAGCCCAGCAAUGGAAGACAUUGGACAAAAAGGAAGCAGAUUUCACUGACAUAGAAAAGGAAGCCUGGAACGUAUCCAAUAGCAAAAUUUAUAUUAACUGACUAUUAGGUAUUUAUACCUUUUUUUUUCAUGCUUCAGUUAGUUUUGGAAUCUGCCUUGUACCUAAUAUUUAAUUAUUUAUUCACACUCAUAAGCAUCAAAUAUUUAGUACUCUCAGUGAUAAAUUUUAGCUGUGUCUUGUGCUUAAAUUCAAUGGAAUCUAAUAUUUCCUUUUGUAACUAAUCCAUGUAAAAUGUUAGAUCACCCAAGGAAAGGGGAGAGAUAGCAAUAGUUGCUCUUAAGGUAUUACUUGCCUUCCAUGUCUUCCUAAAGAACAGGAUUUGGAGUUUCUCCUUUAUAUAGAAGUGUAACUUAGGGUGUUAAUAUUUGCAAUUAAAUAUUCAUCAGUUUAGGAAGCCUGUGUUUACCUGGAAUAUGUUUAUUAUCAAAGAGUUCUUUUUUCCAAUCCUGUACAUUAAAUAUAUAUGUUUUUAAAGCA